AUGGAGCCCAUUGCAAUCACGGGGUUUGCAUUCAAGCUACCCCAAGGCGCCGAAGACGAGCGUAGCUUCUGGGAUAUCUUGGAGGAAGGAAAAAAUGUAAUGACACCAUGGCCCGAGUCUAGGGGCAACAUCGAUGCGUUCUACAAUGCAGACCCAACUGUAAAGAACAUGAUACAUUCCAAGGGAGCACAUUUCCUCAAUGGAGAUCCAGCUUCCUUUGAUGCACCGUUUUUCUCCAUCACUUCUAAGGAAGCGGCUUCUAUGGAUCCCCAACAACGUUUACUGUUGGAAACGACAUACCGAGCUUUAGAAAAUGCUGGGACUCCACUCGAUCAUGUGGCAGGCACCAAAACAGGAGUUUACAGUGGUUGUAUGACCCAAGACUACAUGAGAAUCUCCUCUAAAGAUCCGGAUGAAGCACCAACAACCAUUUCGUCUGGAACUUCAUCUGCGAUUUUGGCCAAUAGACUCAGCUGGUACUUUGACAUGAAGGGGCCAAGCAUUCAAGUGGACACUGCUUGUUCCUCGAGCAUGAUUGCUACGCAUCUAGCUGUCCAAGGUCUGCAAAGCGGACAGACUUCCAUGGCGCUGGUGACAGGAUCGAACAUGAUUCUUAGCCCAGAGAUGUCCAUAUACUUGUCCAACAUGAACAUGCUAUCCCCAGAUGGCGUAAGUUACAGCUUUGACCACCGUGCGAACGGUUAUGCUAGGGGAGAAGGGAUCGUUGUCCUCGUACUGAAGAGACUUCGCGAUGCGAUCAGAGACCAGGAUAGUAUUCGAGCCAUUAUUCGGGCUACGGGAACAAAUCAGGAUGGUCAUACCCCUGGACUUACACAGCCAAGUUCUACCUCCCAACAGGACCUUAUUCGAGAUGUAUACAAGAGUUGCAAUCUUGAUCUGGGUUUAACACGCUAUGUCGAAGCUCACGGCACCGGUACUCAACUUGGAGAUUCGACUGAAGCAAACGCUCUCGGUCGAGUUUUUCGAGGCAGUCGCUCUCCAAAUGAGCCGCUUUAUAUUAUUGUUGUGACAUUUGGUGUCGAGGACAUUUUUGACAAUAUAUCCAGUGGCUCCCUAAAAGCAAACUUCGGUCACCUCGAAGGUGCCAGUGGCGUCGCCAGUAUCCUCAAAUGCAUCAUGAUCCUCGAAAAAGGCAUAAUUCCACCCAACGCUCUAUUUGAGAAAUGGAAUCCAAACAUCAAUGCCAAAUCCAACAACAUACAGGUCCCAACUUCGUGCAUCUCAUGGCCAAGUGAAGGACUACGGCGUGUAUCAGUCAAUUCGUUUGGCUUUGGUGGAUCUAAUGGCCAUCUUAUCAUGGACGACACGCUCAAUACAAUGCAUACUCUCUCUAUCAACGGGAAUCGACACACUCUCACUUCUUCGUUACAUGCACCAAUGGCACAGAAUACCAAGAAAAAUUCCCUUGAAAAUCUAGGUUCUGCAUUGCGCGAUGUUCCUCAAGAGCUUACUAAUGGCACAAGCAAACUUACCAACGGUUCAGGUCCGCUCACGAAUGGAACGAAUUCCCAUGGCCUAUCUGCCACGCAAUUUAAGUACCAAUUACUCGUUUGGUCAGCAAGAGACGAACCUGCUCUAAUGCGCAUGCUCGGAGACUACACCGAGUAUUUCGAGUCGCAAGACCAUCGAUCGAGAUCUCAAUUGGGAAAAAUAGCUUACACACUUGCCGCACGACGAAGUACCAUGACAUGGCGAUCUUUUGCCGUCGUGAGCACCGAGUCAUCGUCCGAGAAUCCCACUUGGAGAUUUAAUCCAUGGAACGGAGUACGUCCAUCUCGUGAACGAGGUCUGGCUUUCGUCUUCACUGGUCAAGGUGCGCAAUAUGCCAAAAUGGGACUAGAAUUGUUGCAGUACCCUGUCUUUAAGCGAAUUUUGGUCGAAAUAGGGGUUAUUUACCAUAAUCUAGGGGCAGAAUGGUCGAUUCUCGAUGAGCUACGACACGAAGAAAGAAUCAAUACCCCUCAAUUGAGUCAACCUUUGUGCACCGCUCUCCAAAUCGCCCUUGUCGAAUUAUUGGCGAGUUUUGGCAUUGUUCCCGAUGUAGUUGUCGGUCAUUCUUCAGGAGAGAUUGCUGCAGCAUAUGCAGUUGGUGCACUCUCCCUGAACUCUGCCUGUAGAGUGGCAUAUCACAGGGGCAGGUUGGUUGGACAACUACUUGCAUUGACACAGAGUACAAGUGCCAUGAUGUCAGUAAACCUGCCGGAAGGAGAAGUCAAUGCGUAUCUGGCAAAGGUACUUCCAAGAUCCGGAGGAGUAGCCGCAGACUCUGGUAUCCAUAUAUCCUGCAUCAACAGCCCAUCCAAUGUAACUCUUUCCGGCGACGAAGCUGCAAUCGAUAAGGUAAAAGAGCAUUUGGACCGUGAUGGAAUAUUUGCACAGAAAUUGAAGACUGGAGUGGCCUAUCACUCACCUGCAAUGGAGUCAAUCACCGAAGAUUAUUUGAAUUGCUUGAGAGUUCUUGAGCAACGCCAAGCGAGCAAUGUAAACGCCUUCAUGAUCUCAUCUGUGACAGGUUGUAGGGUAUCCGCAACGUCAUUAUCAGAGGGACAAUAUUGGGCUGACAACCUGGUCUCGCCUGUUCGAUUCGCCGACGCGAUACAGUAUAUUGUCUUGGCGGCACCUAAAAUGGACAAUCUCAAAGGAAUCUCUGACUAUAUUGAGAUUGGUCCUCAUGGAGCCCUGCGACGACCUAUAAACGAUACAUUGACUCAAGCGACUGGCGGCAAAGCCUUCAAAUAUUCUUCCAUACUCUCCAAGUUCGAUUCGCCUGUAAAGUCUACUCUAGAUUUGGUUGGCAAUCUUUUUGCCCAUGGGUUUCAAGUAUCAGUGACGACGGCUAUACAGACUCAAGAACAAGAUUCGAUGCAUCUGCCAGUAGAUUUACCUCAAUAUCCAUUCGAUCGCUUGCAGCUGUACUGGCACGAGAGUAGACUUAGCCGAGACUGGCGCCUACGUGGAACCGCUACCAAUCAAGUCCUCGGUGUACGCGCAUCAGACUGGAAUCCGUUGCAACCGCGCUGGCGGAAAAUAUUGAGUGUUGAACAAAUGCCGUGGCUUGCGGGGCAUGUCAUUGGAGAGACCAUUCUUUUCCCAGCGACAGGAACCAUCAUGAUGGCCCUGGAGGCCGUUAAGCAGAUGGCUAACGGUCAGAAACGCAUCUUGGGAUACCAUGUCAAGAAAGCUGUGUUCACCACUCCCAUCGUUAUUCAACCGGAAGGAAAGACUGAGAUCAUGACUUCUUUGCGCCCACUCUACAACGAUUACGAGAAAACAUCCUCUCGUUUUGAAAUACAGAUAUUCGCUUACUUAGAUACCUACUGGAAUGAAUGCUUCAAAGCUACCAUACAUAUUGGAUAUGAAGAAGCUCAGACAGAGGUGGACGGCGGAAACGAGACCCAGAUGGCUACCCAAACCUACGUCCAAGAGCAUGCACAGGCAAAAGCCAUGUCCACAAAAUUCAUAAGCAAAGAGAACUUCUAUACCUGGCUACACAAACAGGGUCUCAAGUACGGUGAGGAUUUCUCGCGUGUCAAAGGCCUCAGUUGGGACGGAGAUCAGCAGGCUGUCGCGCACGUCGACGUCGGACCGACUGCUGGUGUAGAACCUUAUGAAGGUAUUGUCCAUCCAGCCAUUUUUGAUGCUGCUUGUCAGAUCGGCUAUCUGGCUCCAUCAAAGGGCGUCUCUGAAAGACUGCCGACUAUCGUUCCUCACGAAAUGCAUUCAGCAUGGAUUUCUGCCACGGGUUGGCAGUAUCCACACACUGAGAGAGUCUCCGUGGUAACCAAGGGAAAGCUCAAAACUGUGGGGACAGGUUUCGAAACAUCUCUCACAGUUCUGGCAGAUGACGGAUCGACUCUUUGUCAUGUUGAGAAAUUCGAAUUGCUGCCAAUUUUGAGUAACGAAUCAACGGAGGACACUAAGAGAAAGCUACUCCAUCAAAUCGAGUGGAAGCCUCAGUUGUCUUUCCUCAGCGUGGAUGAAUUGAAGAUCUAUUGCAAUAACGACGAUGGUCCAAAAGAUGAGAAGGAUGCAGCCAACUACCUUUGUGAGCUCGAAAGGGCUCUGCGAUAUGCGGUAAAACAUAGUGUUUCACGGAUAUUGUAUACAGACUGGUCAAGAAUGUCAUCGCACAUGAAAAAUUACGUUGCUUGGAUGGAACGACAAGUUCAGGCAACGCAGGGCAUCCUAGCUAGUGAUGAAAUGGAAGAAGUGGCCGUGCAAGGUGCGCUAGAAGACUUGAAAAUGCGAAAGCCAUCCUGGAGACUCUUCAUCGAAAUUGCUCAGAAUCUCGACGAGAUCGUGCGUGGAGAAGUCCAUACUCUUGAUCUUUACUGUUCAGCUGCACAGGACUUGUAUGAUGACCUCCUCAACUACAUUGAUAGUCCCCAAUUGAUUUCCUACUUGGAGCUUUUAGUCCACCAGAAUCCUAGUCAGAGAAUCCUCGAGAUUGGCACUGACAUGGGGGGAAUGACCGAUGUUAUACUCUCAGCCCUUCAACGGAUAGAAGCCCGCACUGGCGGAGCAGCCUACUCUGAAUAUAUGUAUACCGGCGAAUCUACAGAUGUUUUGGACAAGGUCAAAGAGCGCUUCAUCCGCGAUCACGAUCGUAUGUCAUUCGAGGUUUUCGACCCUCAGAGAGAUACAACCAGCCAGGCAUUUCAGCCCGAGUCAUAUGAUACGAUCAUCGCCAGUAAUGUCCUACACACAACUAAAAAUGUGUCAACAACACUCCAAAAUCUUCGAGGAGCAUUGAAGCCAGGCGGGCAUCUGAUCUUCUACGAAAUCACAGCUUCAGACUCCUUCCUCCCAAACUUUGGGUUCGGUAUUUUGCCGAACUGGUGGUGUGGAGAAGAAAAGCAGCGAGGUAAUUGCCCAACUAUGACGGAAUCUGAAUGGGAUCAUGUGCUAAAGGAGAACGGAUUCUCGGGCAAUGAUCUCAUUAUCCGAGAUUAUCAAGAUGAUGCUGCGCAUUGUAUAAGCCUCAUCAUUUCUACAGCUGAAGAUCGAGACCAUCUUUCGCCUGAAGGUUGCAGAGUUUUAUUAGUCGUUGAUGACGAGAAUGAAUACCAAAAGAUGGCAGCUACGUCGAUAAUGAACGAAAUCCUCGCCUCCCAGAAAUUUGAGACGGAAGUCUUCUCGAUCACGGAGCUAACGGCUGCGAAUGUCAAACGCACCGACUAUGUGAUAUUUCUAGCCGACUUAGGCAAAUCGCUUCUGCUUGACUUAUCCGAAUCCACAUUUAAUUUGAUUAAGGGGUGGCUACAACAAGCGACGAAUCUACUUUGGAUAACUUUAGGCGAUGUCAUGUCCGAGAGCUCGAAAACCACUCCAUAUCCCUAUUCUGGUAUCAAGGACGGAUUGCUGCGCACGAUUCGUGCGGAAUUCAAUGAUAAACGCAUUAUCUCCCUUUCUAUCGAAGAUGAGUCGCAAGAUAUAUCCAAAUACGUCAAGCAAGUAUUCAAGGUCUUUGAUUCAGCAUUUCAAACAGGGUCGUCUGACCUUGAGUACUGCAUUCGGGAUGGGAAGAUCCUCACUGCCAGGCUAAUAGAGGAUAUCGAAGGCAACAAAGAAUUGACCUCGUCCAUCCACCAAGAGACUACUAUCCGUACCGAGCCAUGGCUUCCAGGUCCGCCAAUAAAACUUGAUAUGGCGGUCCGCGGCCAAAUCGAAACACUUCAUUAUAGGGAAGAUAGCGACUACUGCGAUAUUUUGGGUGCUGACGAGGUGGAGAUUGAGGUAAAAGCCUGGGCCUUAAACUUCCGCGAUUUGUUCGGCGCUUUAGGGCGACUAGACGAGAGUUUUGAUUUCGGAUCAGAUUGUGCUGGUGUUGUGAAGAGGAUAGGACCCCAAUGUACGUCGGUACAACCAGGAGAUCGCGUUUGCAUGUGUGCUUCGGGAUGCAUGCGAACAUACCCUCGAGCAAGUGAAUGGGCCGUUGUCAAGAUCCCAGACUCAAUAUCGUUUGAAGAAGCAUGCGCAGUGAUUAACCCAGCCUUUACCUCGUGGCAAUGUCUGAUCGAAGUCGCGCGGCUGCAGAAGGGUGAAAAGGUAUUAAUACAUUCGGCGGCCGGAGCAACCGGUCAGCUUGCUAUUCAAAUUGCGCAAAUGGUCGGUGCAGAGGUUUUUGCGACUGUUGGGUACGAACAGAAAAAGCAACUACUCAUCGAUCAGUACCAGAUACCGGCAGAGAACAUUUUCUAUAGCAGAAACACCACAUUUGCCAGCGGUAUCAUGAGAGUGACAAAUGGCUACGGUGUCGAUGUCGUUCUAAACUCGCUAGUGGGUGAGGGAUUGCGUGCAUCAUGGGAGUGUAUAGCUCCCCAUGGACGUUUUAUUGAAAUUGGUAAGGCGGAUAUCAACGCGAACUCCUCACUGCCGAUGUCAAGCUUCGCCAAGAAUGUUAGCUUUGCCGCGGUCGACCUUCGAUAUAUCUUCAUCCAUAAGCAGGCAAUGGCAAAAGCGCUGUUGCACAAGAUAAUAGAGCUGGUUGAAAAUCAUCUCAUCUAUCAUCCAAAGCCAUUGCAUAUCUACGAAGUUUGUGAUGUGGAGGAUGCUUUCCGUUACUUCCAGAGCGGUAAGAACACGGGCCGGAUUGUCAUACGAGUGGAUCCCUCUGUUAAAAUUCAGAAACACCUUACGCAACGCAGAUCAUGGAUUUUCGAAGAGAGCGCCUCAUAUCUUGUUGCUGGAGGACUAGGUGGUAUCGGUCGUUCAAUACUCAAGUGGAUGGCGAGUAAAGGGGCAAAAUAUCUAAUCGUCCCAUCAAGAUCAGGAGUGGCAUCCGAAGCAGCUGUUCAAAUUGUGAAUGAGCUCUCCCAACAAGGAGUAAUUGUUGUGACACCACAGUGUGAUGUGUCCUCGCUGGAAUCACUUUCGGAAUUACUUGAAACAUGUGGCAGGACGAUGCCCCCGGUCCGAGGAUGCAUUAAUGCGACGAUGGUCCUUCAAGAUACCAUUUUCGAUAAUAUGACACACGAGCAAUGGGAGAGUACUAUCCAGUCCAAGGUACCCUCUUCCUGGAACCUCCACAAACUCCUCCCCGAUCUAGACUUUUUUAUCCUUCUCUCUUCUGUUUCAGGUGUCAUUGGAAACGCAGGCCAGGCAAACUAUGCAGCAGGUUGUACGUUUCAAGACUCUCUGGCCCGAUAUCGAACCUGUCACGGCCAGAGAGCAGUAUCGAUCGAUCUUGGACCCAUGAGCUCAGUGGGUGUUGUUGCCGAAUCAGAUUCCCUUCAGCGGCAUUUUGAUCGCGCGCACGGUCUCAUUCCAGUCCAAGAAGUUGAGUUUCUCUCGAUAUUGGAUAUGUAUUGCGGUUUAUCUCGCGUGGGGAUUACCGCUGAUGACAGCCGGAUAAUAAUCGGCCUUGCAACACCUGCCGACAUCCUUGGUGAAGGUCUCGAAGCUGUGGAAUUCAUGCAGCGACCGCUGUUUGCCUAUUUUAGAGAAGUCCGGGGUAUUUCGCAUUCCUGCAACUCACCAGAUAGUUUUAAUGCGGUAGAAUUAUUUCGGCAACUGCAAUCAGCGGAAGAACGAACAGCCGUGGUCGUGAUGGCGCUUUCAAAGAAGCUAGCUCGGGCACUGUCGAUAAAUCCUGAGGAUAUAGAUACAGAUCAACCACUUCACGCGUUCGGAGUAGACUCUCUUGUUGCAGUAGAGUUGCGAAACUGGAUUGCGAAGGAUUUCGCGGCGGAUAUACCAGUGUUUGAUAUAACGGGAGGAAGAACAAUUGCGGCAAUCGGAGAAUUGGUGACAAAGACAAGUCAAAUCAGAUUGGGAAUCUAG